AUGGUUGAAGGCAUGACGGUGGGUAUGCUUAUGACCACUCGCCGCAAUGUGACCGAUUACUCCAUUGACGACGCCUUCUACAUGAAGACCCUCGUUUUGGCAACUUUCAUCUCCACCCUUGCCCUAUCAAGCGCCUUGGCGUCUACAUGUGCUACCAGGGAGGAGGCACAUCCAACAGCGCCACUUCUUGGUGAAGAAUGUGGCGGAUUUGCCUAUGAGGAGGAUCAAAGCACAGUUUUCACCGGCAUUGAUAUCGUUAUUUUAGGCGCGGAAAACUUGAAGUGCUGCUCGUUGUCAGACGGACGUAGCGAUAAGCAGAAACACGGUGAGGGUGCUCGACAGAUAGUAUUCAGUAUAUAUUGUCCAUCCCAACAUGAAGGGGUUAUCGAGCUCGGCCGGCGGGAUACGACGGAGCUCCUGCUUGCUAAUCCAACACCAAUACUGGAUUUCAAAGGUCGACGACUCCAGCUUCUCCCGCUGCACUACACAACCUGCUCCUAA